AUCGUGUUUGUUUUUUUUCUGCAUGACAUGCUUCAACGUGUUUUAGAGAGUCUGGACUCAAACAGAAAGAAACAGCAAGAGUGACAACAAAGAUGGGACAACAACAGAGCACUCUUCAGAAGGAAGGCUACACAAUUGAAGGUGAAACAAAAAAUGGAGUUGUAGCCACAAAAGAUGGUGACAAGUUUUUCAUAAGAACAGUUGAAAUCUCCACAAAUGAAGCAUUAAUCCCAGAAAUUGAAAGCUUCAAGACAAGUCAUCCUCAUGUCAUGAGCACCAAAAAUUCUUUCAUAGAUGAAGAUCAGAACACUUACUAUGUGGUGACGGAGUACAGUCAGGGAGGGACCCUUGCAGAAAAGAUCAGCGAGAAGAGUCUACUUGAGUCUGAGAUACUGAGCUGGAUUGUUGAAAUCUGUAUGGCGCUGAGAACCAUUCAUGAAAAAGGAUUUCUCCACAAAGAUCUAAAGCCAGAGAACAUAUUCUUCACCGAAUUUGGAACACUGCGAUUGGAUGGAUUUCAGGAAAUCCAGGGAAACAAAGGUAAUGUGAAUACUGAGGAAAGUGGAGGAAUUAACUAUCUGGCCCCAGAGGUCUUCACACAGGCAACGUAUGACACUAAAAGUGACAUUUGGUCAGUGGGAUGUAUACUCUAUGAGCUCUGUACUCAGCAGUUAGCGUUCUCUGCAGAGACCACAGUCAAUCUCCUCCCCAAGAUCAUUUCUGGUCCUGCACCACGUCUCCCAGAUAAUUACUCAUCAGAGUUACAUGAACUCUUGGAUGAUAUGUUGAAUAAAGACCCUCAUUCAAGACCUACAGCUUGGGAGAUUUUGGGGCGUCCAAUUGCUUUAAAAUCUCUCUUCAAAAAGAGCAAAAUGGCUGCAGACCACCUCCAGACUCAGUUGGAGAAGCUAAGAUCGGUGGCAGACAGUUUGGAACGUGUGCAUCAAGGCACAACCAUCGGCAGUCUGACAGGAGGAGUGAUCGGAGCAGCGGGAGGGAUUACAUCCAUAGUGGGUCUUAUUCUGGCACCCUUCACUUUGGGAGCCUCACUUAUUGUAACUGGGAUUGGAGUUGGGGUGGGCGUGGCUGGUGGGGUCACUGCUGGUGUCUCAAAUAUCACAAAAAUGGUUAAUCAGUCCUCUGAUCGCAAAGCUGUUGAAAGCAUCAUUAAAGAGUUCAAUGAGAAAACUGAUGCUAUUGCACUCUGGCUCCAGGAGAUUGGCAACAGUUUACAGGCAUUGUAUGCAAGUCACUCAGGUGAUAUACCCAACAUUGAAGACAGCCCUUUGGGUCAAAAUAACAGCGCAAGGUUUGGCACAGUGGUAGGUAGGGGCAUAGGCGGCAUUUCUGAACUAACUCGACUACUUCGAGUGGUAAACAUUGGUGAAAUCGCAGCACAAGCAUCCAGGGUGGUACGAGUGGCAGAGAUAGCUGGUGGUGUGCUUUCUACUUUAUUUGUGGCAGCAGAUAUAUUUUUCAUUGCCAUGGAUGCUAGAGAGAUACACCAAAUUAGACAAAAACAGGCAGAUGGUACACCAUGUUCUGAGAUCAUGAAAUUUGUCCAAUCCAUCAGACACGCUGCAAAGGAGUUGCAGAAAGUUUUGGAUGAGUUUAAAACCAUGAUCAAAGACAUCCCUUUUCUUGAGGAUGAGAGAGAAUUGCAAUGGGAUGCAAUGGAAUAA